AUGGCUGGCCUACUCACCGGGCCAGCAUCCACCGACUACCAGUCCCUCUUCGUACCGGCCGUCUGCCUCCUGAUCGUCUUCCUGGGCUACACGUCGCAAUGGCUCUUCAACGUCGCUGAGAACCUCGAGCCCGGGCCCAUGACCCAGAGGGAGACGGCCAUAUUCAACAUCCUCCUCGCCUGCCUAUGGAUCACAUACUACAAGGCAUGCACCGUGCCCCCAGGCCGCUACGACUUCCUCCCAAAACAACCGCCAGCAACAUCCAACAAGUCCGACGACCCCCCACCGACUAGCAAAGACGGCGAGACCCCUUCAGACAAGCCAGCCGACACACCCACACCCCACCCCGAGCCCAAAAGCAAGCCGACGACGACGACGACGAUCACCACCACCACCACCUCGGCAACAACCCGCUGGUGCAAGAAAUGCGACGCCCCCAAGCCCCUCCGCGCGCACCACUGCCGCCUCUGCAAGACCUGCAUCCCCAAGAUGGACCACCACUGCCCCUGGACCAACAACUGCGUCUCGCUGCAGACCUUCCCCUACUUCCUGCGCUUCCUGGUCUACACCAACCUCGCCCUGGGCUACCUCCUCUGGUGGCUGCUGUACCCGCGCCUGCGCCUCAUCUUCUGGGACAACUCGGCCCUGCCCUCGUACCUGGGCCCCAGCGUCCCCGUGCUGAUCCACCUGGUCCUGCUGGCGAUCGCCGGGUUCCUGGUCUCGUUCGCGCUGGUCAUACUCCUGGCUACUACUGCUAGGGGGUGGGUGCUCAACAUCACCAUGAUCGAGGGCUGGGAGCAGGAGAGGCACGAGGCGGUGCUCCUCAGGUCCAGGCGGGCCGGGUGGUGGACCGGGCCCGGCGCCGGCGGCAAGGUCAAGAUCGAGCGGGUCGAGUUCCCCUACGACAUCGGCUUCUUCGCCAACAUGGCACAGGCGAUGGGCACCAGGAACGUCCUGACGUGGCUCGACCCCCUGAUAGGCGGCGGGCCAAAGGUCUCGAGCGGGGAGGGGGCGGCCGCCGGCAAGGGCACGGGGUGGGAGUGGGAGGAGAACGGGUUCAACGACCGCGAGGGCAUGUGGCCGCCCGCGGACCCGGAGAAGCUGCGGCGGGCUGCGGCGGGCGGCGGCAAGGGCUGGCCCGGGUCCGAGGCCUCGCGGCGGCAGGAGGCAGAGCUCGUCGACAGGAGGUGGGCCAGCCCGCAGGAGGAGAUGGCGGCGUUCCGCGCGCGGCAGGAGAUGGACCUGCGGCGGCGGCGGGGCACGUCGGGCGUCAUCGCCGAGCUGGGCGAGGACGAGGGGAUCGAGGAUAUCGAGGAGGGGUAUGACUAUGUCGACGACAACGAGAGCGGUGGCAGCGGUGGUUAUUAUGAUGAAGACGAGGAGGACGGGUUAGGGGAAGGGGGCGCCUCGGACAGGGCGGUCCCCGUGAUACCCGGCCAGGGCUACUACGAGAGGGGGUUCGACGGCGAGCCCGGGUGGACGAACUCAGAGGGCGACCGCCUGCGAGACUUUGGCGUGGAUGAGGAUGUGGAGGAUGACGAUGAGGAUGUGCCCCUUGGCGAGCUGCUACGUCGAAGGAAGGCCUACGGAAAGGAUAGAUAG